AAUGAACCCAACUGAUCUUCACCAAAUUCAUACAUUACUACUCAGUACUCCAAACAUUCCUUACCAAAAUGAGAAAAUUAGUUUCAAAUGAAAGUUCAGUAGUUGUGUUAUGGAUGAUGAUGCUUCUUCUACUUCUCCAAUUUUGUUUCUCCAUAACUGCUGCUUGUAUCCAAAAGGAACGUGAAGCUCUCCUUCGAUUCAAGAAUAGUUUUUACGAAGAUCCUUUCCAUCGCUUGGCUUCAUGGAAUGGAACUGAUUGUUGCAAUUGGAAUGGAGUGGGUUGCAAUCAAACUACUGGAUAUGUUACUAUCAUUGAUCUUCGGCAGGAUUAUAAUCAGGUUGACUCGUAUGAAUCUUUAUCUAGCAAUUUCAUUGACUCUAGUUUGUUAGAGUUGAAAUACUUAAAUCACUUGGAUUUAAGUGGAAACUAUUUCAACCAUACUCAAAUCCCAAACUUCUUAGGUUCAAUGCUUGAAUUAACAUAUCUUAAUCUAUCAAGGACAUCACUUAUCGGCAAAAUUCCUCCUCAUUUAGGAAAUCUUUCUAAAUUGGAAAUUCUUGAUUUAGAUAGAGAUUAUUAUGAAUUUGAUGCCACAAGAUGGGUACCACUCAAUGGCGAUAUUGAAUGGAUAUCUCAUCUUUCAUCUUUACAUACUCUUCACUUGAGUGGAAUGAACUUUUCAAAUGCUAUAAAUUUGAUGCAAGUGAUAAGUUCCCUUCCAUCAUUGUCCUCCUUAAGACUUCGUUCUUGCAGUCUUCAAAACAACGAUUUUUCUUUGGGUUCCUGGUUGAAUUAUUCAUCAUUUAUUUCUAGAGUUCAACUUCUAGACUUACAUGAUAAUCAACUAAGUGGUCAAAUUCCUACGAUUUUUCAGAAUAUGACUUCCUUGAAAUACUUAGACCUUUCAUUAAAUAAUUUCACUGCUAUUUUUGAAGGUGGAAUUUCUACCUUCAUUGAAAAUAAUUGUGGCUUAAAAGUACUUGAUUUAUCAUUGAACUUUUACUUUGGUACCGAUGAUGUAUUUGAAAGUAGUUAUGAGAAUGAAACUAUGGGCUGCGAUCUUCAAGUGCUUAAUUUAAGAUAUACAUCUUUGAAAACCAAAAUUCCAAAUUGGUUAGAAAAGUUAAAAAACUUGCAGACCAUUGAUCUUCAAUCUAGUCAGAUUUAUGGUCUAAUUCCUACUUCACUUGGAAAUUUAUCAAAUCUUAAGUAUUUAGAUCUUUCAAUCAAUAAUUUAACUGGAACAAUUCCAGCCUCAUUUGAAAGAUUACUAAAUUUGGAGGUACUAGACGUAUCAGAAAACUCGCUUAAAGGUGUUUUAACGGAAGCUAGUUUUGCUAACCUCUAUCGGUUGCAUACUUUAAACUUAGGCUACAAUGAGAAUCUUUCGUUGGAGAUAAAAGCUAAUUGGAAUCCUCCUUUUCAAUUAUUAUUUUUUGAUGCUUCGAGGAUUUGUUGUUUUGGAAGUGAGUUUCCACAAUGGCUUCAGACGCAAAAGGCACUGGUUGGUUUGAGUUUAUCCAACACAAAUCUCUCAAUUAGUUCUAUACCAACAUGGUUCACACCACAAAAUCUCAUCACUUUGAAUCUUUCAAACAACCAAAUCAUGGGGCCACUUCCUACCAACAUUGGAGAUCAAAUGCCAAAGUUGCAAAGGUUGCGUUUGAAUGAUAAUCUAAUCGAUGGGUCUUUACCACGUUCAAUCUGCAGGUGGAAGAAUUUGAAUGUUUUGAAUCUUUCAAACAAUAGACUAUCUGGAAUGAUUGAAGGUUGUUUUCUCAAUCCAAACUUGUAUCUCCUAGAUUUGUCUUCCAACAACUUCUCAGGGAUCUUCCCAUAUUCACAUGAAAAUUUGUCUUAUAUUGAACAAGUAUACUUGAGAAACAAUAAUUUUGAAGGAUCCAUGCCAAUAGUAUUGAAGAAUGCCAAAUCUUUAGAAAUCUUAGAUCUUACAGGAAACAAAUUUUCUGGAACCAUCCCCACAUGGGUAGGAGAGAAUCUUGAAAGUUUGCAAUUUCUAAUACUCCGAGAUAAUUUGUUCAAUAUAAAUUGCAAAUUUUGGAUCUUGCACACAACCAAUUGGAAGGAAGUAUCCCCCCAAAUCUUAGCAACUUCCACCGAAUGAGCACAAUAAAUGUACAGUGGUCCUAUUCAACUUAUUGUCUCUCGUAUGAUCGUGGAUGCUUAGAUCGUAAUAUUAUUUUGGAACAGUCUAUCAAAUCUAGUAAUUUCAAUUACUCCAUGGAACAAUUGCAGUCAAUGGUGAAUAUAGAUCUAUCCAAUAAUUUUUUGGUGGGUAUAAUUCCAAGUGAGAUAACGAAGCUUAAAAGGUUGAUUGGAUUGAAUUUGUCCCACAACAAUCUAACCCAGGAUAGUUCCUAUUGAAAUUGAACAAAUGGAGUCAUUAGAAUCACUUGAUUUAUCUUUCAAUCAGCUUAUUGGACCAAUUACUCAGAGCUUAUCAAGAUUAAAUUCUUUAGGUGUCUUGAUAUUAUCCCACAAUAAUUUUUCAGGCAAACUUCCUCGAGAUGGUCAUCUUUUGACAUUCAAUGAGGCUUCAAGUUUUAACAACAAUUCAUACCUUUUCGGGGAUCCACUACCAAUAAAAUGUGUGAUUGAAAAUUCAUCCAAACCAUCAUUCACUGAAAAUGAAGAUCAGGAGGAUAAAUGGGAGAAGUGGUUGCUCUGCAUUAUGAUAAUACUCGGAUUCAUAGUUGGCUUUUGGGUCGUUGUUGGAAGUUUAAUAUCGAAGAAGAGUCGGAGAUAUUCAUAUUUCAAUUUCGUGGAUGAGAGUACGUGGAAUGCUUAAAAGGAAUCCUUUGCAAAUGAGUAAGGUAACAAUGCUUCACAAAAGAUAUGAACAAUCAAGAACAACAAACCUUAAAUCUUCUUUAAUAAUUUUGAACUAUAUUGUCAAGUUUCUUAAAAUUACGUCAAUAGUUUCUAAUAUUUUUUAAAAUGUUCUUAUUCUAAAGCAUAGUCAUAUUUAAUUCCCAAAUAUGUAAUAUUCAUGAGUCACAACAAUUUAUCUUCAAAGAAAUCCCAUAUUUACUCCGUCCUGUGUAUCUAUCAAACCAACUUGAACAAAACUUUAUAUCUAUCAAUCUAAUAGACUCAUCUAAACAA